UGCGCGCCUCGCCUCGUCAACUGAUGGAAAACCUGUUAGUAAAAUAAGACAUUUUUGUUUAAACUAAAACGUCACGGGUUUGAUAAUUUCGAAUGCAAAUUAUUUGCAGAUUAAUAAACUAGGUCGUAGGGCUCGCCGCGACGACCCGUCGCAAUUACGGCAAAUUGCGGUAGGAUUCGUUACUAUUCGGGACCAUGUAUUUAUUAACACUAUUAUUUAUACUUUGCCACGAGAGUUUUUAAAAUGUUAAUGUAAUUGUUUGUUCCCGACUUAACAUCACUAAAGAUAUAAACCUCCCGCCGAAAUCUUAACAGGAUUUAAAAAAAAAAAUUAAAUAAUGUGCAAACCGUAGUGACGACUAAAAUACACAAUAUUUGUCACGAAAAUAAAUUCAACCAGAAAAACGCCCUUAAAAAACGAGCAUUGAAUAUGCUUUAAAUAUCAUCGAAGCUUAUCCUCCAUAACCACUUUGUUGCACAUAUAUUAAUCAAUCAUGAUGCUAACGACGGAACACAUCAUGCAUGGCCACCAUCCGCAUUCGUCCGUCGGUCAGAGUUCACUCUUCGGGUGUUCGACGGCGGGUCACAGUGGUAUUAAUCAACUGGGCGGCGUUUAUGUCAACGGGCGACCGUUGCCCGAUUCAACGCGCCAAAAAAUUGUGGAGUUGGCCCAUUCGGGUGCCCGUCCAUGUGAUAUUUCACGGAUUUUACAAGUUUCCAAUGGAUGUGUUAGCAAAAUUCUUGGCAGAUACUAUGAAACUGGAUCAAUUAAGCCACGAGCAAUAGGUGGGUCAAAGCCACGCGUAGCCACAACUCCUGUUGUACAAAAAAUUGCUGACUAUAAACGGGAGUGUCCAAGCAUAUUUGCGUGGGAAAUCCGGGAUCGUCUACUAUCGGAACAAGUUUGCAAUAGUGAUAAUAUACCAAGUGUUUCAUCUAUAAAUCGAGUCUUGCGGAAUUUAGCCUCUCAAAAGGAGCAGCAGGCGCAGCAACAAAAUGAAUCAGUUUAUGAGAAGCUACGAAUGUUUAAUGGCCAGACCGGUGGAUGGGCCUGGUAUCCAAGUAAUACAACGACGGCACAUUUGGCUUUACCACCAGCGACAUCAUCAGUUUCAGUAUCAACGUCCACAAAUAUAUCUGGACAAAUUAAUCGAGACGAUGUCCAAAAAAGAGACUUACAAUAUUCUGCGGACGUAUCUCAUCCAAACUCGCAUGAUAGUACGUCCGACGGCAAUUCUGACCACAAUUCUUCGGGAGAUGAAGACUCGCAAAUGCGACUCAGACUAAAAAGGAAAUUGCAACGAAAUCGAACAUCGUUUUCGAAUGAACAAAUCGAUAGUCUGGAAAAAGAGUUUGAACGAACUCACUAUCCGGAUGUUUUUGCCAGAGAAAGGCUUGCAGAUAAAAUUGGUUUGCCAGAGGCACGUAUUCAGGUUUGGUUCUCCAACCGACGGGCUAAAUGGCGUCGUGAGGAAAAAAUGCGAACCCAAAGAAGGUCGACGGAUAAUCCUGGAAGUGGUAGAGCCAGUACAGGACAAAACAAUAAUUCUUCUGGAACGGGAACAUCGGUAUCUACCACAGUGGCAACGUCAAAUAAUUCUCCAUCCGGUAUUGUUAGCUUAGCCGUCAACAGUUCGGAGCGUUCAUCAUCGUCUGCAAUAAUUAGCAAUAACCUUUCCGAGACUACAACAAGUUCUUGGGGUGACGCUAAUACGCAUACGACAUCUGAAAGCCCACCACUUCAGGCGGUAACACCACGGAUACCUUUGAAUUCUGGAUUUAAUGCCAUGUACUCAUCUAUUCCGCAACCUAUAGCAACAAUGGCAGAAAAUUACAAUUCAUCAUUAAGCUCGAUGACGCCAACCUGUUUGCAACAACGAGAUGCCUAUCCCUAUAUGUUUCACGAUCCCUUAUCCCUCGGAUCCCCAUAUGCUCCUGCCCACCACCGAAAUACCAGUUGUAAUCCUGCCGCGGCGCAUCAACAGCCACCGCAGCAUGGGGUUUAUGGCAACAGCUCUGCAAUGCCAUCAUCAAAUACAGGUGUCAUUUCUGCCGGCGUUUCAGUCCCCGUACAAAUUUCAACGCAAAAUGUGUCUGAUUUAACGGGAAGUAAUUACUGGCCGCGUCUUCAGUGAUCGUCAAU